AACCUGCACCCCACGUACUCCUGCAAGUACGAUGGCUGCUGCGUCAUCGACAAGAUCACCCGCAACCAGUGCCAGCUGUGCCGCUUCAAGAAGUGCAUCUCCGUGGGCAUGGCCAUGGACCGUGAGUGCGGGGGCGGCUGGCAUGGAGGUGCCAUGGGGCCAGUUGAGGUGACCAGAGGUACCAUGGAGCCGGUUGAGGUGACCAAAGGUGCCAUGGGGCCAGUUGGAGUGACCAGAGGUGCCAUGGGGCCAAUUGAGGUGACCAAAGUUGCCAUGGGGCCAGUUGAGGUGACCAGAGGUGCUAUGGAGCCAAUUGAGGUGACCCGAGGUACCAUGGAGCCGGUUGAGGUGACCAAAGGUGCCAUGGGGCCAGUUGGAGUGACCAGAGGUGCCAUGGGGCCAAUUGAGGUGACCAAAGUUGCCAUGGGGCCAGUUGAGGUGACCAGAGGUGCUAUGGAGCCAAUUGAGGCCAAAGAUGCCAUGGGGCAGGUUGAGGUGACCAAAGGUGCCAUCAAGCUGGUUGAGGUGACCAAAGGUGCCAUGGGGCCAUUUGGGUUGACCAGAGGCACCAUGGAUCCAGUUGGGGUGACCAGAGGUGCCAUGGGGCCAAUUGAGGUGACCAAAGUUGCCAUGGGGCCAGUUGAGGUGACCAGAGGCGCCAUGGAGCCAGUUGAGGUGACCAGAGGUGCCGUGGGGCCAGUUGGGGUGACCAGAGGUGCCAUGGAGCCGGCUGAGGUGACCAAAGAUGCCAUGGGGCAGGUUGAGGUGACCAAAGGUGCCAUCAAGCUGGUUGAGCCCGAGGACAUCGGCCAGUCGCCCAUGGCCUCCAUGCCCGACGGGGACAAAGUCGACCUGGAGGCGUUCAGCGAGUUUACAAAAAUCAUCACCCCGGCCAUCACCCGCGUGGUCGACUUUGCCAAAAAACUGCCCAUGUUCUCGGAGAUGGCCGUCAAGCGGGAGCAGCUCAAGAACGGCGGCCUCGGCGUCGUCUCCGACGCCAUCUUCGACCUGGGCAAGUCCCUCUCUGCCUUCAACCUGGACGACACCGAGGUGGCCCUGCUCCAGGCCGUGCUGCUCAUGUCCUCAGACCGGACGGGGCUGAUCUGCGUGGAGAAGAUCGAGAAGUGCCAGGAGACCUACCUGCUGGCCUUCGAGCACUACAUCAACUACCGCAAACACAACAUUCCCCACUUCUGGCCCAAGCUGCUGAUGAAG